AUGUACAGAUUUGUGGCUACAAGCAUUACUCGUCGUUUACCUGUGGUGAUAAGAACUCCAGUUCGUUUCUACGCUGCUCAACCAAUUUCCAAAGAAGAAGUUACCAAGAGAGCUUUUGAUGCUUUAAAGACUGUUGGUGCAUUACAAGAAUCCAAAUUAUCAUUAGAAGCAUCUUUCCAAAAUGAUUUAGGUUUGGAUUCCUUGGAUACCGUUGAAGCUUUGGUGGCUCUCGAGGAAGAAUUUGACUUGGAAAUUCCUGACAAGGUUUCUGAUGAAAUUAAGACUGUUGGUGAAGCAGUUGAAUACAUCUAUACUGAAGAACAAAAAUUAUAA